AUCAGUAUAAAAUCAGCUGUUCUCUCUCUCCAUCCAUUUCACCUGGAUCUUUCUCUACAGAGCGUGUCUACAGAACACACCAUGAAGGUUGUGUUGAGCAUCUUGGUUCUUCUCUACUGCGCAGCACAGGUGCAAUCCCUGACUUGCUCGGUGUGUCCUGCUGGCACUGCUGAUGAAACCACUUGUACGAACACUAAAGUCUGCCAAGUCGGUCAAACCUGUUUCAGAACUUAUACAGUCUCAGGAAGUACCACCACUGUUGAAAAAGGCUGUAAGGAUGCUUGCGUAGAUGCAGUUAACCCACAAACAUCCUGUUGCAGUACGGACAAUUGCAAUCUGCAAUCCCUGACUUGCUUGAUGUGUCCUGCUGGCACUGCUGAUGAAGCCACUUGUACGAACACUAUAGUCUGCCCAUUCGGUCAAACCUGUUUCAGUACUUAUACAGUCUCAGGAAGUACCACCACUGUCGAAAAAGGCUGUAAGGCUGCUUGCGUAGAUGCAGUUAACCCACAAACAUCCUGUUGCAGUACGGACAAAUGCAAUAUGCAAUCCCUGACUUGCUCGGUGUGUCCUGCUGGCACUGCUGAUGAAGCCACUUGUACGAACACUAUAGUCUGCCCAUUCGGUCAAACCUGUUUCAGAACUUAUACAGUCUCAGGAAGUACCACCACUGUCGAAAAAGGCUGUAAGGCUGCUUGCGUAGAUGCAGUUAACCCACAAACAUCCUGUUGCAGUACGGACAAAUGCAAUAUGCAAUCCCUGACUUGCUUGAUGUGUCCUGCUGGCACUGCUGAUGAAGCCACUUGUACGAACACUAUAGUCUGCCCAUUCGGUCAAACCUGUUUCAGUACUUAUACAGUCUCAGGAAGUACCAUCACUGUUGAAAAAGGCUGUAAGGCUGCUUGCGUAGAUGCAGUUAACCCACGAACAUCCUGUUGCAGUACGGACAAAUGCAAUCAGGCACAGUUGAGAUGCUACACCUGUGAUAAAGCGAGUGAUGAGACAACAUGUGCUGUAAACGUCUGUGGCCUCUUAGACGAUACCUGUAAGAACACCUACGAGAAAACUGGAACAGGACCAAGUGCUGCCUACAGUGUGACAAAGACCUGUGCUACCAAAGCGACUUGUACUGAACAAUUGGAUGCAUUUCCUCGAGUGUCAUGCUGCACAAAAGCCAGUUGUAAUGCUCAAUUAGCUUGCUUCACAUGUACGGAUGCAACCGAUGAAAGUUCCUGUGUUGCAAAUCCCUGUGCCUCUGAAACAUUCUGCAAGAGCGACUACAAAGUCAGCAGUACAGGAGUGCCUGCUGUCACUAAGUCCUGUGCAGCUGAUUGCAAAGCUUUUGACAAUACAGCUGAUAAAAACACUAGGACAACUUGCUGCAAAACAGGCUAUUGUAAUGUGCAAUCCCUGACUUGCUUGAUGUGUCCUGCUGGCACUGCUGAUGAAGCCACUUGUACGAACACUAUAGUCUGCCCAUUCGGUCAAACCUGUUUCAGUACUUAUACAGUCUCAGGAAGUACCAUCACUGUUGAAAAAGGCUGUAAGGCUGCUUGCGUAGAUGCAGUUAACCCACGAACAUCCUGUUGCAGUACGGACAAAUGCAAUCAGGCACAGUUGAGAUGCUACACCUGUGAUAAAGCGAGUGAUGAGACAACAUGUGCUGUAAACGUCUGUGGCCUCUUAGACGAUACCUGUAAGAACACCUACGAGAAAACUGGAACAGGACCAAGUGCUGCCUACAGUGUGACAAAGACCUGUGCUACCAAAGCGACUUGUACUGAACAAUUGGAUGCAUUUCCUCGAGUGUCAUGCUGCACAAAAGCCAGUUGUAAUGGUCUAUUGGCUUGCUUCACAUGUACGGAUGCAACCGAUGAAAGUUCCUGUGUUGCAAGUCCCUGUGCCUCUGGAACAUUCUGCAAGAGCGACUACAAACUCAGCAGUACAGGAGUGCCUGCUGUCACUAAGUCCUGUGCAGCUGAUUGCAAAGCUGUUGACAAUACAGCUGAUAAAAACACUAGGACAACUUGCUGCAAAACAGGCUAUUGUAAUGAAAACGCUUUGAGUUGCAACACUUGUAGUAAUCAAGCUGACGAGUCUAAAUGCGUAGCAACAGCCUGCCCUGGAAAUGAAAAGAUAUGUCAAAGCAGUUACACCCUGACUGCACCAGGUGGCCAAGUAACAAAGACAUGUGCUGCAGCUGGGUGUAUACCAUCCGACACUGUGAAGUGCUGUGGUACAUCUCAGUGUAACGUGGAUGCUUUGCUAUGUUAUACCUGUGACAAACAGAGUGUCGAAACAGCUUGUACAGCUAUAACAGCCUGCGGACCGGCUUCUGGAAAAUGUUCAUCUGUUUAUGAAACAGCUGCAGAUGGUACAAUCACUGUCACAAAGAGCUGUGAGGCAUCUCGUGGAGCCUGUGUAACCGGGACAUUUGGCAACAAGCGGACAGCAUGCUGCGAUACGGACCUCUGUAAUGUGGAAUCCCUGACUUGCUUUGUAUGUCCUGCUGGCACUGCUGAUGAAGCCACUUGUACGAACACUAAAGUCUGCCAAGUCGGUCAAACCUGUUUCAGUACUUAUACAGGAUCAGGAAGUUCCAUCACUGUUGAAAAAGGCUGUAAGGCUGCUUGCGCAGAGGCAGUUAACCCACGAACAUCCUGUUGCAGUACGGACAAAUGCAAUCAGGCACAGUUGAGAUGCUACACCUGUGAUAAAGCGAAUGAUGAGACAACAUGUGCUGUAAACGUCUGUGGCCUCUUAGACGAUACCUGUAAGAAUACCUACGAGAAAACUGGAACAGGACCAAACACUGCCUACAGUGUGACAAAGACCUGUGCUACCAAAGCGACUUGUACUCAACAAAUGGAUGCGUUUCCUCGAGUAUCAUGCUGCACACAAGCCAGUUGUAAUGGUCAGUUAGCUUGCUUCACAUGUACGGAUGCAACCGAUGAAAGUUCCUGUGUUGCAAAUCCCUGUGCCUCUGAAACAUUCUGCAAGAGCGACUACAAAGUCAUCAGUACAGGAGUGCCUGCUGUCACUAAGUCCUGUGCAGCUGAUUGCAAAGCUUUUGACAAUACAGCUGAUAAAAACACUAGGACAACUUGCUGCAAAACAGGCUAUUGUAAUGUGGAAUCCCUGACUUGCUUUGUAUGUCCUGCUGGCACUGCUGAUGAAGCCACUUGUACGAGCACUAAAGUCUGCCAAGUCGGUCAAACCUGUUUCAGUACUUAUACAGGAUCAGGAAGUUCCAUCACUGUUGAAAAAGGCUGUAAGGCUGCUUGCGCAGAUGCAGUUAACCCACGAACAUCCUGUUGCAGUACGGACAAAUGCAAUCAGGCACAGUUGAGAUGCUACACCUGUGAUAAAGCGAAUGAUGAGACAACAUGUGCUGUAAACGUCUGUGGCCUCUUAGACGAUACCUGUAAGAAUACCUACGAGAAAACUGGAACAGGACCAAGUGCUGCCUACAGUGUGACAAAGACCUGUGCUACCAAAGCGACUUGUACUCAACAAUUGGAUGCAUUUCCUCGAGUGUCAUGCUGCACAAAAGCCAGUUGUAAUGGUCUAUUGGCUUGCUUCACAUGUACGGAUGCAACCGAUGAAAGUUCCUGCGUUGCAAGUCCCUGUGCCUCUGAAAUAUUCUGCAAGAGCGACUACAAACUCAGCAGUACAGGAGUGCCUGCUGUCACUAAGUCCUGUGCAGCUGAUUGCAAAGCUGUUGACAAUACAGCUGAUAAAAACACUAGGACAACUUGCUGCAAAACAGGCUAUUGUAAUGAAAACGCUUUGAGUUGCAACACUUGUAGUAAUCAAGCUGACGAGUCUAAAUGCGUAGCAACAGCCUGCCCUGGAAAUGAAAAGAUAUGUCAAAGCAGUUACACCCUGACUGCACCAGGUGGCCAAGUAACAAAGACAUGUGCUGCAGCUGGGACGUGUACACCCUCCGACACUGUGAAGUGCUGUGGUACAUCUCAGUGUAACGUGGAUGCCUUGCUAUGUUAUACCUGUGACAAACAGAGUGUCGAAACAGCUUGUACAGCUAUAACAGCCUGCGGACCGGCUUCUGGAAAAUGUUCAUCUGUUUAUGAAACAGCUGCAGAUGGUACAAUCACUGUCACAAAGGGCUGUGAGGCGUCUCGUGGGGCCUGUGUAACCGGGACAGUUGGCAACAAGCGGACAGCAUGCUGCGAUACGGACCUCUGUAAUGUGCCCAAAUUGAGUUGUCUAACCUGUAGUGCAACUGCAGAUGAAACCGUCUGCACAAGCAAGGCUUGUGACGUGACAGACACAGUCUGUGACAGCGUCUACGACAUCUCAAAAACGCCCCCAACUGUUGUAAAGAAAUGUGCGGCGGCCUGCUCAGCCAAAACCGCAACCACUGAGACCAAGUGUUGCUCAACGUCGGACUGUAACGUGCAAGUCAAAAAAUGUUACACUUGCAACAAAAGUAAGUCCGAAUUUGACUGCACUAACUUAAUGACCUGCGGAGUCGGCGUCACCUCCUGUUUUUCCUUUUACGACACAACUGUAGCAGGAACGACCGUCACAAAGGGCUGUGACAGAACCUGUGCCAUUCUUGACGAUCUGUCAAAGAGGAGAACAUGCUGCACUACAGACCUGUGCAAUGAGCCUAAACUGAGUUGCUAUACCUGUUCUGGACUGGCAGAUGAAAAGCAGUGUACCACGGUCACAGCAUGCAGUGCAACAAACAAAUUUUGCAAGACCGUUCGCGGGAGCAUUGCAGGAAAAACUGUUGCUGUCAUAAAGACCUGUGAGGACACAUGCACAGCAUCGACCUCAGUCCUCCAAACUGUAGAAUGCUGCCAGACUGGCCUGUGUAACCAAUACAAAGAAAGGGGCGUCAACGGGUCCCCGUCCACCCGAGCCAGCUAUCUCCUUCUGACCCUGCCAGUUGGUCUACUCACCGCGCUGCUGAAACAAACACUCUGAGAAGAUUCUAGAGAGAAUUACAUUAACCAGGACUCUGAAUGCAAUGAAUUGGUUGACAAUACAAUGAGUCAUUCAGGUAGUGAAAGAUACACACACACAAAUAAUAAAAACCUGGGUAGCUCCUUCAGUGCCGGAGCACGUAUUACACGGUACUCACUUAGGUGUUAUGGGCUAUAUAUAGUUUAGUUUAAAGGGAAGUAAGGUAACUUUGCAAAUAAUUAUUUAGGUGGGUUGCAAUCGCAGUAAGUGGCAACAGGGCUUAGUUUCCUGUGUUUCAGUGUACCCAGCCUUGUCAUUAGCCCCCCUUUCAUUGGGAUGGGAGUCAUUUGUUUGUUUUUAAUUCAAUUGAGGAUGUUCUGUUGUCGAGUUACAUUUCAGAUAUCUGCCUACCAUGAAUUAAAAUAAAAUAAACCAAAUGAUCUUAAACAUUAGAAAAGACGGAGCUGUGAUGGUAUUAUUGCUUGGUAUUGUGAAUAUGCUGUUUCAGCAUAAUUUGAGAUUGAUGUUUAGAUGAUAUAGAACCUGUAGGAAUGAGACUGCCAAUGUUCAAAGCCAAAUGAAGUUUAAAAGGAAGACUACACCUAGUUGAAUUUUCUUGGGUCUUGAAUGGAAGAAACAUCUCCUCUGUGACCUGUCUGAAAAAGCAUUACCAGUUAAAAAGGUAAACUGGUUCAUUACUAUUUUAAACUGUAAGUUAGGUUACUACCAAUAAUUGUGAUAUUUCUGUAUCUUGAAUAACCAAGUAAUGUAAUGGAUACAAUCAUCUGUCAAGAAUAAUCAAUAUUAUUAAUCAAUAAACCAUGUAAUUCAAAUAAUUAUAUUCAAAUCAUUAUAUUAAGUAGAAUUGUCUGUUUCAUUAUCAUAAAGAUAGCACAAUUCCCUCCCUACAGUUUUAAAAACACAUUAUUAAAACGUAAAACUAUUUUUAGUGGCAUAAAAUCCUUGGCAUUGGACCCUUAUUAACCCUUUAAGGACCAUCAUACUGAAGUGUCUUUCUGGGCCUGUGAUCAGGUAAACAUGACAAACACACUGCAAUUUAUUGCUGGGCCAUCAUACUUUGCCGUAUAGGUUGGAAACGCAGAUCAUUGCAUAGGGGAGAAAUUGAAAAUGAUAAUAAUGAAAUGAAGAACAAUUUUAUUUAGAAAUAUUUAUUUGGAGAAAAUAAUUGAGUAGUGCGCAUUAUUGCUCAUAAAAAUCCUGUGAAUAAAUGCUUUUUUUCAUGGCA